AUGACGACUAACAGGGAGGUAUUUUCGUCUGUACAACACGUCAAUUCUGAGUUAUUCGACAUCACCCGAAACACAUUAGAAGAUUACCAGUUGACCUACACGGAUGACAAGUCAUCAAGAAAAGUCAGCCGUCUGACUGAGGAGGACUACAUCAUUGAAGCGAGAUCCAAAUUGGCAACCUUAAUCGCAGACGAGACAGUGCUGUCUAAGUUUCUACAGUCGCACAGAUCAGACGCGGCUAGGACCCCGAAAUUAUUAGAUGAAUUUAUUCGUGCCAGGAGUAAAGAGGGAGUGGGCUUCAAGGAGAGGAAGCAAGUGCGAUCCACAGUAUCGCGUGAGUGGUGCGUUUCUAGGGACGGCAGUGCGCGCAAGUGUGUUAGUAAGAACCUGAGGAACGUGGUGGCUGAUACAACGCAUGCUAGAGUACCAAUUGGGGGACUUUCAGGCGUGCAGAAUACAAUACCUCUACCGGCCGUCGCAGGGUUGGCGAUACACAGGAGGGAAGAUUUUGAACAAGUGUCGGUAAUAGAGCGAGCAUAUACUAGGCCGGCACAGGCAGGCGGAGACUGUAAGUCACCAGGCCAGCGUUGUGGGUAUGACUACGUGAAUAGUCUAGCGUAUUUACCGAUGUGGUAUACUGAAGAUGGGUUUUGUCAUGAGCCAUGGCUAGACAAUCAUCUAGGAGUCUGCUACCAAAUAGCCUCAGACCAAGCGGGAAAAAACUCUUUACAUGUAUACUUCGCAGAACUGAAUACUGGGAGUACCUUCAACGAAAGUUUCGGGAAGAUGAGCGGGGCUUCGUUUCCUGGACUCGCAGAGUAUGGCGUGUCACACUGGGUAGGGGACAUACUGAGUAUGCGGUUAGACGACGAGUCCUCAACUAUGCCCAUCGGUGAAGUAGUCAGUAACUUCCGCCUUUUAGCUGUGACGUACAGGUUUAAGUUCUACAAAGCACUCGGAGCUAAUUUAGUGGCAGUUGACGGAGAUGCUAUGACUAUUAUGGCGCAUGUUUACGCAACAAUGGCGAUGAGAGGCGGUCUGUUAGAUCCGAAUAUCACCGUCAGAGCGGAGACAUACUCCCAUGAUGAGAGAAUACCUAUAACUACGGUCCAGAACUAUGUCGUGUGGGUGUGUGCCGCGAUAAUGGGUCUUGCAUCCAGUUACCUAGCCUUAGAUAAGCUAGUCGCCAAAUUGGUUGCUGACGUGGUAUGGGACUCUGAGGCAGUUAACACAUCUAGCCGAGGCUCCUGGCUUAAGUGUGUCUUCUCUUUACGUGUAGGAGACGAUUUUGAUUACGCAGUGAGGAAGUUUAAUGACGACCAGUAUGGCACGGGGUUCUGCCAUAAUCCAAAGGAGACUAGCCUCAGAUUAGGACUGGACAGCAAUGGGGGUCAGAUCAGGCAUCUUGGUUUCAGCGAGGGGAGAGAGAAAGACAGUGACGUGCCUGCCUUUCGGACACACCAGUUGCUUAAAGGAAAACCGCCAAUUCGCGACGCAUCCCCUGGAGUGGACGGUGAUUUAGACGCAGGCCUCAACAGUGUGUUUACUGUUGAUAGGGGGGCAGACGUCACAGUAUAUCGUCUGGAGUCCAGGUUCUUGAAGAGGACCACACGUGCGAGAGAGUCAUUAGUUUACGGCCGACGCUGCCGCUCACCGCUCCGUCACAAGUGCAGUUCGUAG